CUUGUCAGGCGAGGCAGCCUUCGCGGUUUUGCAGUGAGGAGAGAUGGGGAGGAGGAUAUUAAACGACGCGUUGCGAGCUAUAGUGAAUGCAGAGAGGAGAGGCAAAUCUGAUGUUGAGCUGAAACCAAUCUCUACUGUGAUGUCCUCUUUUCUUAAUAUCAUGAAAUAUCGAGGAUACAUCAAGGAUUUCCAAGUUUAUGAUCCGCAUAGGGUGGGGAGGAUAACUGUUCAACUACUAGGCAGGGUUAAAGAUUGCCGGGCACUCACUUACAGACAGGAUAUCAAAGCAAAGGAUAUUGAAAAGUACACCACUCGUACACUUCCUACUCGUCAGUGGGGUUACGUUGUGAUAACAACUCCGGAUGGCAUUUUGGAUCAUGAAGAGGCUCAAAGACGAAAUGUAGGUGGUCAGGUUCUUGGUUAUUUUCAUUAGAUAUCCUUUUUGUCUAUCUCAAAACUUUUGGGUGGAGAAGAGUUUGGAAGUGUGGUGCAGCCUGCCCUCACCAGCAAGAAUAUGUUAAAUUAUCGGUUCAAAUCUUCUGGAUCCUGUAUCAGUUGCAUAAUUGAACUGGUCGGAUUGUUGCAGAAAGCAAUGUUUUCCAUACCGUUUACGCUAGAUGAUUGAUUCAUGUUGUUCAUUUCUUUAUGGAAUUUUUAAGCGUGCAAAACACUGGUCUAAUUUUAGUCAAGCUUAGUUCUGCUGCUAUGGAUAAAGAAAUAAAAUCUCAAAACCAGUUGCGUCC